GCCAGGUCACAUUAGAUGAUUAAUUCCGCCGCCUGCUUCUUAACGGCCGACAGUGUCAUCUGACCUCAUCAGUAACACGUGUUCACAGAGCUCACUGAUCGUCGUCAAUCGCAUACGGUCCAAGUUUCCGUAUUUUCCUUCUGAUACGUUUAUACGCUCCGCUAUGAAUAUUGAUCAGAGGACGGCGAUUCGAAUUGGUGCUGCAGUCACGGCAACCGCAAUCGCGACGGGAGCAUACAUGUAUAACAGGAGAAGACGGGAUGAUCUGAAAUUUGAAGUGGACACCAGGAACCAAACAGUCGAAAUAAGUCCUGGUGUCCGUGCCUGUCCACUAACGAAGGAAGAAAUUCUUAAUUACUAUUAUGAAGAUGCGCAGACUUUGUAUGAGAGCUUCCAGAGGGGCAUCAAGGCUUCCAGUAAUGGACCAUGCUUGGGGACACGGGCUCCUGAUGGUGGACCGUACAAGUGGAGUUCAUACCAGGAGAUAGCAGAUCGGGUGCAUGCGUUCGGAUCAGGUUUACUGGAGAAGGGGCUGUCAGCUAACACAGAGUCCCUUAUUGGUUUAUACUCCAUCAAUAGGGAAGAGUGGGUGGUGGCUGAACAAGCCUGCAACAGGUAUUCCAUGGUGGUCGUCCCCCUUUAUGACACACUCGGAAAUGAUGCCUGCGCUUACAUCAUCAACCAAACUGAAAUGACAACUGUCGUCUGCGACAAAGCAGCAAAGGCCCAACUGCUUUUGGAUGGCGCUGAAAAAAUGCCAUCUCUGAAACGCAUCAUCAUUAUGGACGACAUCUCGAAUAAUAACCAGGAGACAGCCAGUAAACAUGGCAUCGAAGUGGUGUCAUUUACACAGAUAGAGGAGGUCGGGAAGGAGAACCUGAAGGAAGCUGUGCCACCCAAACCAGAGGACCUCUGCACCAUAUCAUACACAAGUGGAACAACCGGAGAUCCAAAGGGGGUCAUGCUAAGUCAUCGUGCCAUGGUUGCCAAUGUAUCCUCCAUAUUCAAAAUCUGUGGGGUGUUAUUUGAUUGCACCCCAGACCAGACCCAUAUAUCAUACCUGCCAUUAGCCCACAUGUUUGAAAGGUGUUGCGAGACCUUUAUGUUAAUGAGUGGAUGCCGGAUAGGGUUCUUCCGAGGAGAUGUCAGAAAGUUGCCAGAUGACAUAAUGGCGCUGAAACCGACCAUGUUUGUGACCGUACCGAGGCUGCUGAACAGACUGUAUGAUAAGGCAAUGCAUACUGCUGCUUCAAGUUGGAUCAAGAGAAAUGUAUUAAAUUUGGCAAUCAGUCGAAAGGAAGCUGAAUUAAAAAGGGGUAUAAGUAGGCGUGACAGUAUAUGGGACAAAUUAGUAUUCGGCAAAAUCCAGGAGAGCAUGGGAGGCAACGUGAAACUUGUCCUGACGGGUUCAGCGCCGCUGUCGGAUAAAGUGCUAACAUUCUGUCGUGUUGCCUUUGGUUGUCCAGUUAUGGAAGGCUAUGGGCAGACAGAGUGUACUGCUGGUGUCUCGUGUACUAUCCCUGGUGAAUCAGAACCAGGUCAUGUUGGUUGUCCUCUUCCAUGCUGUCACAUCAAGUUGAUAGAUGUACCCGAGAUGGAAUAUUUUGCCAAGGAUGACAAAGGCGAAAUAUGUGUGAAGGGCAGCAGUAAUUUUAUGGGGUACUACAAGGAUCCAGAACGUACUGCAGAAGCCUUUGAUGAAGAUGGUUGGAUUCGCACUGGGGACAUAGGAACCUGGCUUUGGAAUGGGGCGCUCAAAGUCAUUGACAGAAGGAAGCAUAUCUUUAAACUAGCUCAGGGUGAAUACAUUGCUCCUGAGAAAUUGGAAAACAUUUACACAAGGAGUGGCUAUGUCCAGCAAGUCUUUGUGGAUGGAAACAGCUUGAGGCCAUGUACAGUUGGAGUUGUUGUCCCUGAUAACGUUUCGUGCAAGAAAUGGGCAGCUGAGAAUGGCGUGGAACCAACUAUCCAGGAAUAUUGUAAAAGUGAGAAUCUUAAAGAACUUAUCCUGAAGGACAUCACAGAAUUGGGCAAGGAGUCUGGACUUAGAUCAUUUGAGCAGGUAAAAGCCAUUCAUCUCCAUCCAGAGUUGUUCUCAGCUGAAAAUGGACUGCUGACACCGACCUUUAAAUCCAAACGUCCAGCUCUCAGGAAGUAUUUCCACGAUGUCACUGAAGGGUUGUACGAGAGCAUGAAGUUAUAGGAGGUGCUACAAUAGGGUGCCGAAUUUCUCCUGGCUGUCAAGAACUCAAACCUUUGAGCGAGUGGUUGGUGAUUUCGAGGCUGUAUGUUUCUGUUAGCAUUCAUCUCAUCAAGAAUUAAUAAAGACUACUCUUUCUUAAUUCUUGAUCUUAUCCAUAUGUAUUGGAGCCCAGCAGCUUGAUACACCAACUGUUACUUGGUCUUAUUAUGUUAUUCUUGUCGGCUUGUCAUUUAAUUGUAACUGAACAUGUAUGUGCUUCCAAAAGUUUUCUUUACCAUAAUAUAUGAUAGGUGACACUGAAAUUGAAGAAGAUAUAUUUUUAAGGUAAAAUCUGUAGGCCCACUGUAUGGGAUGUGGCACAAAAUGCACCAGUAGAUUUUAGUUUUACCCUUUAACAGAAGUUUACAAAUUGUAAUAGUAUAUUUUUACAAGACUGGCUGCUGUAUCCCUGGUGUUAUUAAUACCACUUGAAAUACUGUUAAAACAAUUUUUAAUGAUUCUCUUAUCUGCACAAAUGUCUUCAAGGUGUCAUACUAAAGGUAGUUUCUAUCAUUAUUUUAGCAAUUUUAGUGCAUACUAGAGUGAAUCUUUUCAAGUAUACUUUUACGUAUAUAAUCUACAGGGCAGAACAACCUCAAAUGAUUCCUGAAAUGAUUCAGUGCUGUCACUGGCUGAUGCUCUCUGGUUGUUUAUGAUGUAUUUUUUGGACACCUGUGUCACUUUAUAGUUUAACUCGCAUCUGCUGUAUUCUCCGGCCGACCUCUAGUUUAUCCGGCCAAGGCAACAAGAACCAUAAUUGAACACUUGAACUCGGACUCAUGCCUUUAAUCGCAUGCAGACCAGAAUACAAUCAUACAAUUUUCUCUGGAUCCAUUGUUGAUGUUAAUCGUGUUCCAUCUUAACUUUUGGAUUGACUUGAGGUUGGCCGUAUUACAUGUAUAUGUGCAAUAUUGACAGUUAUGUGAUCCUCUCUUCUGUUAACCUUAGAUUGUGAUUUCAGACAAAUUUUACUGCAUUUGCUUCAAACAAAUCGAGAUUGCCAUAUAACUUUGUUGCUAUUUUCUGUUUGAUAAAUCUGAAAUUUAUUUACCUGUUGCUUUGAUGUUUUAUUUGCACUUAUUAAUUGUAUCACUUGAGGAUUAAUCCAGCUUAAUUUAAAGUAAGUCUUUAGGGACUGAGCAAAACUAAUAUGAGGAAAAAAACCCUGAUAUUUCAUUUGGGGGAGGGGUCUCGGAGCCAUUUUUUACAAUUAAAGAACUUGGCUCAUCCAAACCUGAGGCCAAAUUCCCUUGAUCUAGUUUCCAUAAUUUCAUUUCUUUUGGCUUCACAUACUUUUGGUGCAGAAGAUUUUACAUUGUGCUUGGUGUGUGUAACAAGAUUUUACCUUGGUGUGCAUGCAGUAGGCACAGGCCUACCAGCUAUACUUAUAGCAACUUAGUACUGGUACUUAGAACUUGGUGCUUAGCUGACCUAUCUGGCAACUGCCUAAAGACUCCCUCUAACCUUUGUCUGCCCUCGUAUGAGAAACCUAACUAUAACAUUGCUGUUGGGCAGACAGCCAUGCCACCAUAAUUGGGAGGGUGUCAGUUCGACUCCCAGGAUUUUGAUUUUUAAACGUACAAUUAUAAACUUUAGGCCUUCUUUGUACUGGGUACCGGAUACAUCAGAAAAUUCAAAUCGUACAAUCAGAUGUUGUAAUGAAUUGAUAUAGUGUUUGGGUGUGCCUUAGAUUUUGAAAUAAAAGAUUGAUUAAAAUGGUGACAUGAAACAUA